AUGCAUAUACAAUUGAGUAACUCAGGUAAGAUACAUGCUGGUUUCAUUCGCCGAGAAUUCCGGAGGAUUACCUAUCGUCGAUAUCAUCACUCAUACGUGUUUGGGGUUACAGGUCGCGAGGGAUCGUCGGACACAGUAAAUAGAUUGAUAUUUUCUUUUUCAAGGUAUAAUCGAGAUGAGCUAUGGGAUUUAGAGACUCGAACCGAUAACUUGCGUAUCAAGAGUGAUGACAAUGCUCUUGGUGGAAUUCAUCUAGAAUUAAUUAUCACGAAAACUUAUUCCUUUGUCCCACGAUACACAAAUAAAUUAGAAGUAGAACACAAUUGUAAAUCCACAUUGGCUAGUACCACCAUCGCCGUGGCGUCCCACCAAGGCCCAGUCUCUGAAAAGCCCCUCGAAGUUUGUAAGUGCGAUUAUUAUUGA